AUGACAAAGAAGGCCGUCAAAUCCAACACUCCAAAGCAGGAUCUCACUGUCUCAAAGACUGCUAAGAAGGCUGUUAUCAACGCACCAGCCGCAGCUAAGAAGGAAAAGGCUUCCUCUGCUGCCGCCGCUGUCAAGAAGGGUACCUUCAAGAAGACCACCCGUAAGGUCAGAACCAAGGUUAUCUUCAGACGUCCACAUGUCUUCCAACAAGAGAAGAACCCAUCUUACCCAAGAUCCUCUGUCAAGAGAGUCUCCAAGAUGGAUCAAUUCAGAGUCUUGAAGGCACCACUCACCACUGAGUCAGCCACCAAGAAGAUCGAGUCCAACAACACCAUCACUUUCAUGGUUGAUAUGUUCUCAAACAAAUACCAAAUUGCUCAAGCUGUUAAGAAGAUGUACGACGUUGAAGUUGCUCGUGUUAACACUAUGAUCACCCCAUUGGGAGAGAAGAAGGCUUUCGUCAAGUUGGAUCCAUCUCACGACGCUGCUGACGUUGCCAACAAGAUUGGAUUGAUCUAA